ACACUAAUUUUGCUGCUCAACAAAAUGGCGGCUGUGUUGAUGCAGCAAGCGAUCAGUUUGAAACGAACUAAUCAAGAUAAUGCCACGGAAAUUCUCUCAACAAUUGACUAGUGGCUAGUUUCCUACUAGAAAUCUGCUAGAAUCUUGAAUCUAUGUCUACCUACUAGAUCUAACUAGGCCAAAUAUGUCCCAAUUACAAAAUGUCUAUGACUGUUCAGUCGUCAAUCAUCUUAUGCUAGUAAAGCAAGAUGUACCUCAAGCUGAUGAUGAAGCCAUUAAGGUUAAGGAACAAGCUAUUCUUGAAAUGGGAAAGCUGUAUGCUGAUCAAAAUAAUGCAAAUGAACUAGCUAAUCUAAUAAAAUGUGUUCGGCCAUUUCUGAAUUUGGUUAGUAAAGCAAAGGCAGCCAAACUAGUCCGUGCCCUUGUUGAUCUCUUUCUUGAUAUGGAAGCAGCAACUGGAAGUGAGGUUGAGCUUUGUAAAGAAUGUAUACAAUGGGCAAAGGAUGAAAGAAGGACAUUUCUUCGUCAGGCUUUGGAGGCUCGUCUGAUAUCUUUAUAUUUCGACACGAAAAAAUAUCCAGAGGCUUUACAAUUAGGUUCUACAUUGUUGCGAGAACUUAAGAAGCUAGAUGAUAAGGCUUUACUGGUUGAAGUUCAGCUGUUGGAAAGUAAAGUAUAUCAUGCACUAAGCAAUCUUCCAAAAGCUAGGGCAGCACUGACAUCAGGAAGAACCACUGCUAAUGGUAUUUACUGUCCGCCUAAACUACAAGCUGCUUUAGACCAGCAGUCAGGUAUACUGCAUGCUGCUGAUGAGAGAGAUUUUAAAACUGCCUACUCCUACUUUUAUGAAGCAUUUGAAGGCUAUGACUCAAUAGAUAGUCCUAAGGCAGUUAUUUCACUCAAGUACAUGCUGUUGUGUAAAAUAAUGCUCAAUGUCGCUGAUGAGGUCCAGGCAAUCGUGAGUGGUAAACUUGCACUUAAAUAUGGUGGUCCUGAUGUGGAAGCUAUGAAAAGCAUUGCCCAAGCAAGUCAUAAAAGAUCAUUAGCAGAUUUUCAGAAGACAUUGGUUACUUAUAAAACUCAGCUUGAAGAUGAUCCAAUUGUGCAAGCACAUCUCAAGACACUAUAUGAUAACCUACUUGAGCAAAAUUUGUGCCGUAUCAUUGAACCCUUCUCCAAAGUGCAAGUCCAGCAUGUUGCUAACCUGAUCAAGCUACCAGUGACUACAGUGGAAAAGAAACUGUCACAAAUGAUUUUGGAUAAGAAAUUUCAUGGAAUACUAGAUCAAGGUGCUGGAGUUCUCAUAGUAUUUGAAGAAGUCCAUUCUGAUAAGACUUAUGCCAAUGCUCUUGAAACAAUACACAACAUGGGUAAAGUGGUAGAUGCUCUCUAUCAUAAGGCCAAAAAAUUGACAUAGUAACUUGUGUAGAAGCUCAGCAGUGGCUAAAAUGGAACCUUGAGUAAUUAUUUUUUUUUAAUUCCUGGCCAAGAAAAUGGGAAGGGUCAUUUCAUAUUCUAGGUAAAAAAAUAAAAAAUCAAGCUUGAAAUUUAGGAGUACAGUUGAUUGCCUAUUUAUGAAAACUUUUAUUUGAGGUCCAGCUUUAGUAACUCUGUCUGCCCAUGUAAAUAACUGUUUAUCUAUAAUAUUGUGUUAUUACCUGUAUGACAUUCAGUUGUCUUUUAAUAAAUAAAUUGCUUUAAAAAGCAGAUGUUUUUCUAUUAUGUUUUUUUAUGCUAUCCAUCAGUGUCCAGGAUUGAUUAGAAUUGAAAGUCAGAUCCACUUAACUAUGUGCACAUAUCUGCAUUCACUUUUACAAUAGAUCUGUUCAGUUCUUUUUUUUUUUAAAUUCUAAAUUAAAGUAAGAAGUUACAUAAAUGCCAUUGACAACUUGUGUUGGAACUAUUAAAUAAUUGACAUGAU